CGCACCCAGCGGGCCGCGCGCGCAGCGCUGUCGUGGCGCUCGCGGCUGAAGGGUCCCCGGCUGCCGCGCCAAACCCGCCGUGUACCUGCGGCGCUCCGGCCUCCUCCUCACCUUCCUCUUCCUCCACCUUUUCCUCCUUCUCCUCGUCCCGCUCCUCCCGCGGCACCUUAGGGCAGAGCCAUGAGGCGCGCGGGGCUGGGUGAUGGAGCAGCUGCAGGGAGCUAUGGCUAUACCAACAGUGGCUACAGUGUUUAUGAAGAGGAGAACGACAGGUUAACGGAAAGUCUGCGUUCAAAAGUCAGUGCCAUUAAAUCGCUUUCAAUUGAAAUUGGAACAGAAGUUAAAAACCAGAAUAAAAUGUUAGCAGAAAUGGAGAAUGAUUUUGAUUCUACGGGUGGACUUCUAGGUGCAACUAUGGACAGACUGAGAACACUCUCCAGAGGAAGCCAGACAAAGCUAUUAUGCUACAUGAUGCUCUUUUCAUUAUUUGUUUUUUUUGUCAUAUACUGGAUUAUUAAACUGAGGUGAUGCAUGUUA